AGGAAACAAAACACUGGAAGUAGCUUAACACGUUAAAACAUUAAGUAAAGAUGCUGAUGCGAUAGUUUUAAUAAUAUAAACUAUAUUCUGCAUGAACAUAAUGUUUGCAAAUUCUUGGAUGUGGUUGUUUCUUUUGAUUUUACACGUCUUGGAAGCAGGUGUUUUUGCAGUAAAUAGCAAACAGUUCAACAUUUUGUACUUAAUCGCUGAUGAUUUGAGACCAACGUUAGGCUGUUACUCUGAUCCAGUGGUCAAGUCACCAAACAUCGACCAACUGGCAUCAGUGAGCACAGUGUUUCAUAACGCCUAUGCACAGCAAGCUGUUUGUGGACCUAGUAGAGUGUCUUUUCUAACAAGUCGGAGACCAGACACCACAAAGCUGUAUGAUUUUAACUCUUACUGGAGAGUUCAUGCAGGGAACUACACUACACUUCCUCAGUACUUCAAGUCUAAUGGAUACACCACUUUAUCAGUUGGCAAAGUCUUCCAUCCUGGCAUUGCCUCCAACCACUCGGAUGAUUACCCGUACAGCUGGACUGUACCGCCGUAUCAUCCACCCUCUUUUAAAUAUGAAAAGAGGAAGGUUUGCAAAGAUAAAGAUGGCACACUGCACAGUAAUUUACUGUGUGCCGUGGAUGUGUCUGAGAUGCCUUUAGGAAUCCUUCCUGACAUAGAAAACACAGCAGAGGCCGUCCGACUCCUGGAGUCCAUGAAGGACUCCCACAAUCCAUUCUUCCUGGCUGUUGGUUUCUAUAAGCCACAUAUUCCUUUCAGAAUCCCACGGGAGUACCUAAAGCUCUAUCCUAUUGAGAGUAUGACGCUGGCCCCAGACCCAGAUGUUCCUAAGAAACUUCCUAAUGUGGCCUACAACCCCUGGACUGACAUCCGCAAGAGGGAAGACGUUCAGGCGUUAAAUCUGAGCUUUCCUUACGGCCCCAUUCCUAAAGACUUUCAGCUGCAGAUCCGACAGCACUACUUUGCCGCUGUAUCAUAUGUGGAUGCUCAAGUCGGAAAAAUUCUGCAAGCCCUUGAUGAUUUUGGCCUUGCCAAGGACACUAUAGUGGUUUUCAGUUCAGAUCACGGCUGGUCAUUAGGAGAACACGGCGAGUGGGCCAAAUACAGCAACUUUGAUGUGGCCACCCGAGUGCCAUUGAUUGUGUACAAGCCAGGUGUGACCUCACCGUUCCCUCGGCCUGGGGAGAACACGUUCCCCUUCAUCGAUGUGUUUCAGGGCACACGGGAGCAGUUUGGCAAAGGUCGAGGAGUUGAGAGUGUGGUGGAGCUGGUGGAUGUCUUCCCCACGCUGUCGAACCUGGCCGGGUUGCGUCCUGUGCACCACUGCCCACCCUCAUCCUUUAAGAUCGAGCUCUGCACCGAAGGCUCAAACCUGGCCAAAUUUAUCCGCAACUCAGAGAGAGAGCUCAACAGAGAAGCCUACUCUUACAGCCAGUACCCUCGACCCUCCGACUCCAUCCAGGAGAACUCGGACCUGCCUGACCUCGCCGACAUCCGCAUCAUGGGCUACUCCAUUCGCUCCUCUGACUACCGCUACACCUUAUGGGUGGGCUUUGACCCCGUCCGCUGUCAGCCUAACAUGACGGACAUCCACGCGGGAGAAAUGUACCUUCUGGCAGAAGACCCUGGAGAGGACAAUAACGUGUUUGAUGAAUUCGACCACGCCUCAGUGUUGUGUAAGCUCGGCGUGCUGCCGUCGUGGACAGAGAGUUUAAAGCAUCAUGUAAUGUAUCUCAGUAGCGGGUUAAAAUCAAAAGGGAUUCUGUGAUUCUAAUUUGUCUUGAUAUGACAGUAAAGGGAACAUGAAGGAAUGUUACAAAACCAGAAAAACAUGUCUGGUCACGCUUCAAUUAAAACUGACAGGAAGAAUUAAAAAGUUA